GUGGCGCGGUUAUUCAUUCGCGAUUCGUCCGGUACGGCGUCAGCUAGGUUAUUUUUUACGAAACAAAUAACUACAAAUUAAAAAUGGAAUUCGUCGGCAAGAAAUACAAGAUGACGUCGUCGGAGAACUUCGACGAAUUCAUGAAGGCUUUGGGUGUCGGCCUCAUCACCCGCAAGGCCGCCAACGCAGUGACUCCCACCGUGGAGCUCCGCAAGGAUGGAGACCAGUACACCCUGGUCACCUCCUCCACCUUCAAGACCACGGAAAUGAAGUUCAAGCCUGGAGAGGAGUUUGAUGAGGAGCGCGCUGAUGGUGUCCAGGUGAAGACCGUGUGCUCAUUCGAAGGCAACAAGCUGAAGCAGGUGCAGAAGGCCCCCGACGGCCUGGAGGUCACAUACUUGCGCGAAUUCGGCCCUGAGGAGCUGAAGGCGGUCAUGAACGUGAAGGACGUCACCUGCACCAGGGUCUACAAAGUACAAUAAGAAAACCACUCAAGACUGCAGGGCAGCGCCCUAUUUUUGUCCUAUUACAUAUAGCACAACUAUUUUAUAAAGUUAAAUUAUGUUACUAUACUCCCACAACUAAAUGACUGCUCAAAGAAGGCGGCCAAUCGCAAUGCAACAGCUGAUAGGAUUGACCAAUGAGCGCUAAAGAAAUCGACCAAUCAGAUGCGCCAGCUAAUAUUUUUAACCAAUGAGCGCUCGCUGCUGACUUCACGCUUCACAUCAGUUACAACGAUUAUUUUUAAAUUUAAACGGCAGUCCUUUACUUGUAGAGUUUAAACGAGUAUAUUAUUCUGUCAAACCUGUGUCAAACAUAUUGACACUGCUUGUGAACUCAAAUGUUUAUUUUUAUAUGAUUUGAAUGAGUGUUUGCCAAAGUUAGGUUAACCCUGUACUACGCGGUGAUGCGGACCUACUUGCGUAUGUUUGCAUAAGCUAUGGCGUGCUAAAUAAACUCGUUUUUAUAUAA